AUGACUACCUUAAACCACACUGGCGUGAGUCACACAGUCUUCCGUUUGCUGGGUGUCCCUGGACUAGAGGACCAGCACAUGUGGAUCUCCAUCCCCUUCAUCCUUUCCUACAUCAUUGCCCUGCUUGGGAACAGCCUGCUCAUCUUCAUCAUCCUCACAAAGCGCAGCCUUCAUGAACCCAUGUACCUCUUUCUCUGUAUGCUAUCUGGAGCAGAUAUUGUUCUGUCCACAUCCAUAGUACCUCAAGCCUUGGCCAUCUUUUGGUUCGAUGCUGGGGAGAUCUCCUUGGACUGCUGCAUCACUCAGGUCUUCUUCAUCACGUCUACCUUCAUUUUUGAGUCGGGAAUCUUGCUGGCGAUGGCAUUUGACCGCUACAUUGCCAUAUGCUACCCACUGAGAUACACAAGCCUUCUUACAUAUUCCCUUAUUGGGAAAAUUGGUGUAAGUAUCAUUUUGAGAAGUAAUGGUACAAUUUUCCCCAUAAUAUUUCUUCUGAAAAGACUAACUUUCUGCAGAAAUAACAUCCUCCCAAAUACUGCCUGUAAACACAUUAUCUUGGCUCGCAUUUCUUGCAAUGAUAUCCGAGUAAAUGUCUGGUAUGGGUUCUUUGUACUGAUGUCAACCCUGGUCUUAGAUGUUGUGAUAAUUUUUGUUUCUUAUGUGCUGAUCCUUCGUGCUAUCUUCCACAUGCCUUCCCAAGAUGCGCGACACAAAGCUCUGAAUACUUGUGGCUCUCACGUCUGUGUCAUCAUCCUCUUUUAUGGGCCUGGGAUCUUCUCAGCCCUUACUCAGAGAUUUGGCCGUCACAUUUCACCCCAUAUUCAUGUCCUCCUGGCCAAUGUGUACAUUCUUGUUCCACCUAUGCUAAAUCCCAUCAUUUAUGGUAUUAAGACCAAACAGAUCCGGGACCAGGUGGUUCAUGUACUUUUUACAAAGCACACAUGA